AUGAAAACACCAUCAAUAUUGAAACAAGUUGCAGAAUUACUCACUGUAGCUUCCAUCACCAAAACCCUCUCCAAAAACCCCCAAACCCUAACCCAAUUCACCACCCUCACCCAAACCCUAAUCCUCAAAAUCCUCUCUAACCCAUCACUCCACAUUUCCCACAAACUCAAUUUCUUCAAUUCCCACAACACCAUUCAUUCUCCAACUACCUACUCUCUCAUUCUCCACAAUCUCUGCAAACCCACCACCCCUCUUCCCCUCCUCCAUCAACACCUCCCUCAGCUUCUCCACUCCAUGAAACAAACCGGUAUUGCUUUCGACUCCGGUUCAUUCAAUAAUCUCCUCAAUUUCCUCAUCAAAUUCUCUCAUAACAACAAUAAAAAUUUCAAUUUUGUUAUUGAUAUAUUGGAUUAUAUUCAAACGCAGAAUCUUCAACCUAUUGGUACUACGCCUUUUAUUUACAAUUCUCUUCUUAUUGCUUCACUAAAAAACAAUCAAAUUCAUCUUGCUUUAUCUAUUUUCAAUAGUCUUUUAUCACUUGAUCAGUCUUCGGAUUCGAAUUUCAAUUCGGUUAUUGUUGGUUCUUCCAAUUACUUGCUUUCGGCACUUAGGAAAGCCGGGAUGAAGAAAGAGUUUCGAAAUGUGUUUGAUACUUUGAGGGGAAGGGAAAGUUUUGAUUUUGAUUCGUGGGGAUAUAAUAUUUGUAUUCAUGCUUUUGGUUCUUGGGGUGAUUUGGUUACUUCCAUGAUGCUUUUUAAUGAGAUGAAGGAGGAUAAGAAUCUGUUUGGGCCGGAUAUGUGUACUUAUAAUACGGUUUUGUCGGUUCUUUGUAAGAUUGGGAAGAUUGAUGAUGCGAUUGUUGUGUGGAAUGAGCUCAAAGGGUGUGGUUAUAACCCGGACGAGUUUACUUACAGGACUCUCGUUCGGGGUUGUUGUAGGAGUUGUAGAAUGGAUGAGGGUGUGAGGAUUUUUAAUGAGAUGAAGGAUAAUGGGUUUCGUCCCGGGGUGGUUGUGUAUAAUUGUGUUUUGGAUGGGUUUUUCAAGGUUGGUAAGGUUAAUGAAGCGUGCGAGAUGUUUGAGAGAAUGACUCAAGAAGGGGUGAAAGCUUCUUGUUGGAGUUAUAAUAUUUUGAUUCAUGGACUUAUGAAGAAUGCGAGAUCGGAAGCUGGUUAUACGCUUUUUUGUGAUCUUAAAAAGAAAGGUCAGUUUGUGGAUGGGAUUAGUUAUAGCAUUGUUGUGUUGCAACUUUGUAAAGAGGGUCAUUUGGAAGAGGCUUUGGAGUUGGUGGAGGAAAUGGAAGCUAGAGGCUUUUCUGUUGACCUUGUUACGAUAACAUCUCUCUUGGUUGGCAUUCAUAAGCACGGUCGUUGGGAUUGGACGGAUAGGCUCAUCAAGCAUGUAAGGGAAGGCGAUUUGUUACCCGGUGUUCUUAGGUGGAAGGCUGGAAUGGAAGCUUCAAUCAAUAACUUGCAUUCCAAGGAAAAGGAUUACUCGCCAAUGUUCCCUUCCAAAGGAGGGUUUAGUGAGAUCAUGAGUUUCAUAACUCAUCCCGAGGAGGAUGAUGAGGUGGAAACUUCCUCUGAAGAAAUUGACGAGUGGACAUCAUCUCCGUAUAUGGAUAAAUUGGCCAAGCGUAUUGUGAAAUCAACUGGCAAUGCUCCGCGACUGUUUACACCUGACCGUAGACAGAGAGUUCAACAAAAAGGGCCUGAUUCUUUCGAUGUUGAUAUGGUGAAUACUUUCCUGUCUAUAUUUUUGGCCAAGGGAAAGUUGAGCUUGGCUUGUAAAUUGUUUGAGAUUUUCACCGACGCGGGUGUGGAUCCUGUCAGCUAUACUUAUAAUUCGAUCAUGAGCUCGUUUGUCAAAAAAGGCUAUUUUAACGAGGCUUGGGCCGUUCUGUCGGAAAUGGGAGAAAAGCUCUGUCCAACUGAUAUCGCUACGUACAAUAUGAUAAUUCAAGGUUUAGGAAAGAUGGGAAGAGCAGAUCUAGCCAGUGCUGUCCUCGAUCGACUGCUGAAACAAGGCGGUUAUCUUGACAUAGUUAUGUAUAACACUCUCAUCAAUGCUUUGGGGAAGGCAGGGCGAGUUGAUGAGGUGAACAAGUUCUUUGAGCAAAUGAGGAGCAGCGGGAUAAAUCCUGAUGUUGUCACUUAUAAUACUUUGAUUGAAAUUCACAGCAAGGCUGGCCGAGUCAAAGAUGCUUACAAGUUCUUAAAAAUGAUGCUCGAUGCUGGAUGCUCCCCUAACCAUGUUACAGACACGACUUUAGAUUAUCUAGUAAAGGAAAUCGAUAAAUUGAGAUACCAAAAGGCAUCGAUUUUGAGGGGAAAAGACGAUCCUUCUUGA